AUGAAGGCAGCGUGGUGCGUUGUCCUAACAAGCACGAGCUAUACUAAAGGCAUCAUCACCCUUAAAUAUUCAUUGCAUAAUGUUUGUAACAGUCAAUAUCCUUUGUUAGUAUUGUAUACAUCUGCUGUAACUCCUGACGUUAUUGAUGUCUUGAGAACUAUGGGGUGUAUUAUGAGGAAGAUUGAUGCGAUAAAGCCGCUUGUACAAGUAAAGUACACAGCGGAAAGAUUCACUGAGACAUGGACAAAAUUAGCCGUAUGGAAACAGCAGGGUUAUGACCGUUUAGUUAUGAUGGACGCCGAUAUGUUACCUCUUCAGAAUAUGGACGAGUUAAUGGACUUAGAGUUGAAUGAUGAGAAUUGGGUAGCUGCUGCCCAUGCAUGUGUUUGUAACCCACAGAAGAUACAGCACUAUCCCCCCACUUGGACGCCCACGAAUUGUAGCUAUACAAACCUUGAUGCUAGUGCAUGUGUUGAUCCUAAGCCGGCGCAAGACAAAACUGGGUAUUUCAAUAGUGGAUUGGUUGUCCUGACGCCCAGUAUAAAAAGGUUCAACGCCAUGAUUGAACAUUUGUACAGAAUCACCGAUUUUAGCAUUUAUCCGUUCCCAGAUCAGGAUUUCUUGAAUGAAGUGUUUAAAAAUCAAUGGAAAUCGAUCCCUUAUACGUAUAACGCUCUGAAAACGCUGCAAUGGGCUCAUGCACCAAUGUGGGAUAUCAAGCAAGUCAAAAAUAUUCAUUUUAUUCUAUCGAAACCUUGGGAUAUUGCUAUAGACCACGAACUAUCGGAUUUGGAGAAUAUCUACAGACCUUUGUACGAAUUAUGGUGGCGUGCCUAUGAUGAGUCGAUAAAAUCUUUGGAUAUGCAUUUAUUCUAA